AUGAUUAGAAAUGUUAUGUUAUCUCCGAUCAGAUCAGCGCGAAACGAAAGUUUACAGGAAACAAUUUCUCAGGAAUUUGACGGUCUGGGAAGAAAGAAAAGAAAACAAUUACUACGAUUGGGCUUCGUAAUCGAAAUUUGUGAUGAAUUUGUUUCAUUGAUAGAAAUUCAACCAAAUAAAUCCGUUUUAUUUUAAAUAUUUAAUGAGACGAUCUACAAGAGCAAUCGUUUAAAAAAAGAAAGUUCAUAUAAGAAUGAAAAAAAUCUAAUUUUUUUAUGAAAUCAACACAUGCGCUUCCAAGAGUUCAUCAAAAAUUUUAAAAUUACAUAAAUGUUUUAAAUAUUUCACUGAUAUCUCCAUAUUUUGAUCCUUCCAGAUCCAAUUUUUUUUCCCGUUUUCGAUGAUUUUAUCAAUUUAUUUUCAUUAUAGUCUCGAAAAAAACGAAAAAAGACAAAAAGUGUGACUCAGUCGACGUGCAAAGCAUCCAUCACAUGGCUGAGGUGACGACAUUGGGUUCGGUCUUGUUCAGACCAUGCCUUCAAGCCAAAGCCUCGGACAUUGCACAAGGUUCUAUCAUCGUCAGCAAAACUCCGCUCGUCGCGCAAGGGUGUCGAACGCGCGACCUAUCAGGCAAACGUCGAGCGUGCUGGCACUGCGCCAGGCAGUCUCCCUUGUAG